CACCUUGACUCAUAACAUUAAUAUGAAAUGUCAAUGCCGAAGCAAAAAUGUCGAGAUAUGAAAGUGGAUAGAUAAGAAGGUUCAACAGUAAAGCCAACUAAAAGUGAACGCUAAAUCAAAUAAAAAUAUAAAGAUUAAUAAUUUUCACUAAGCAAAUGACUAUGCACUUCUUGAAAAACAUAAUUACAUCUUUGUUAUUCAAUAAAUUUAAUUUAAAAAGGGUAUUCUCAUAUUCACAAAUUUUAAAAAUAAUAAUUAAACCAAAAUAAUUUUUGCCUAAAAGUAUGCAACAGCGGAUUAAAUUAAUAGCUAUAGAAACAUCGUUUAAAACGUAAUUAUGAGAAUAAAUUAUCGGUAUUUUCUUAUCAGCGUAAAGAGCGCAUCAUCAAAUAUUGUUGCAUUCAUUGUGUCAGUCAACGUCAACAAUGGACAACAUUGAUUUUAAUGUGAGCUACGAGAAUCUUCACUUAGGUGAUUUUAUUGAUUUUGGUAGCUUUGGUGAUGUUUACAAAGCACAUUGGAUAACUGAGAGCAGAGACAUUGUUAUUAAAAUUAUUAAAAGCAAUGAAAGUGAUAUUUUAAGGGAGAUUCGAAACUUAAAAGUUCUUAAACACCAAAAUAUUGUCACUUUCUAUGGAUUAGCAAAAAAUCUUGACGAUCGAAUAUGCAUGAUUUUUGAAUACGCAAAUUGUGGAUCACUUUACAACUUCUUGCAUAACAAUAAGAAUAUUGAAAUAUCAUUCGACGUCAAGCUGAAUUGGAUGUUGCAGAUUGCCAAGGGAAUGGAGUAUUUACAUAGCAAAAAAAAAUUCCAUCGAGAUCUUAAGUCUCGAAACAUUUUGCUCUUUGACAAAUACCGUACCAUAAAAAUAUGCGAUUUUGGUACAGUGAAAGAUCUUGAAACGAUUAAUACGGAAUCCAUUGGAACAUAUGUUUAUAUGGCUCCAGAAAUUUCUACGGGAGGAGGAUGUUACACGGAAAAGUGUGAUGUUUUUAGCUUUGGCAUUGUUUUGUGGGAAGUAAUGUCUGGGAUAAAGCCCUUUCAUAACUAUUUAUUAAUGGAUGCGAUAGCUAUCCAAAUAAGAAUUAUUAAUGGUGAACGUCCGAACAUUAAUGACAUUAAGAGCUAUAAACACUCCACUCACAUUAAGCUCAUGAUAGAAGAGUGCUGGAAAGACGAUCCAUCUCAGCGACCGACAAUGAAAGUACUGGCAUUUUUCCUUGGCUUUGAUCCCUAUUCGUUUGUCUGUGUUCCUAACUUAAUGUCAGCGGCUAAACCGUUGCAGGACAUAUGUGAAGAAGAUUUUCGAUUUCUAAAACAGGAUGGCGACAUAUUAACAUCUAAUAUUGAAUAGUACUAAUUGAACAAUAUACAAACAUAAAAAAACAAAUUACAACUUCAUUGCCAGAUAUCGAUAAGAAUUUCUUAUCAUUGUGAUAAGCAAUUCGUCAACAAACCGUCAAAAAUUGAUUAAAAACUUUUAGUCAGCUUGUGUUAGUCAACUAUGGACAACGUGAGUAACAUAAAAUUGGGAAAAAGGAUUGGAUGCGGCAGCUAUGGAGUGGUUCACAAAGCAAUUUGGCAAGCUAAUGACCAACUAAAGAAAAUUGCAGUCAAAAUAAUUCAAGAAAACAAUGAAGAUUCCGAAACAGAAAUUAUUAAUAAGAAGAAGAAUAUUUUGAACGAAAUUCGGAAUCUACAACAGUUUAAUCAUAGGAACAUUGUCACACUGUAUGGAGCCGCAAAAGAUCCUGACAAUACCAUUUACAUGAUUUUCGAGUUGGCAGAUUGUGGAUCACUCUACAAUUUUUUGCAUUGCUCAGCUAACGACGUUAGCUACGUUGACAAGAUAAACUGGAUGGCGCAAUGUGCCAAGGGAAUUGAUUAUUUACAUAGUAAUAAUACAAUACACCGGGAUCUGAAAACUCAAAACUUGUUGCUUUUCGAUAAAUAUCGAAGAUUAAAAAUAGGGGAUUUUGGGACAGUGAAACAACUUACUACGAUUAAUACGGAAUUUAUUGGAACUAUUCGUUACAUGGCCCCAGAACUUGUUAUAGCAAAUGGGAAAUACACGGAAAAGUGCGACGUUUUUAGCUUUGGGAUUAUAUUUUGGGAAGUCAUGUCAAGGAAGAAGCCUUUCGAGGACUUAAAGGACAUGCAUCCAUUGGCAAUUCAAAAAAAAAUUUUAGAAGGUCUUCGUCCAAAUAUAAAUGAUGCGAUAACUUAUGAAGGUUCGGAUUGCUUUAAACGAACUAUCGAAGAGUGCUGGGCAGAAGAUCCUGGAAUUAGGCCCAGUAUAAAAGAACUGAUUGGCGUUUUCAAAAUUAAUCGUAUAGUUUACUGUAAUGUAAACUACGAUGACAUAGAGUUAGGAAAAAUGGUUGCCAGCGGUAAAUAUAACGAAGUCUACAAAGCAACUUGGUAUACCGAAGGCCAAUACAAAGAUGUUGCCGCGCACAUUAAUAGAAGUUGCAUUCCGGAUUUCAAAUAUGAACAAAGUACCCUCAGCAUAAUCUACUAUCUAAAGAACUUAAAGCAUGAGAAUAUUGCAACAUUAUAUGACGUCUCAAAAACGCACGACAACAGAAUUUGCUUGCUUUUUGAGCUUGCAGACUGUGGAUCACUUUAUAAUUGUUUACAUCAUACGGAAAUCAAAAUUUCUUAUAUUGUAAAGCUAAAUUGGAUGCUUCAAUUUGUCAAGGGUAUGGAACAUCUGCUUAGUAUAGGAAUAAGUCACCGAGACCUGAAAUCAAAGAACUUGAUGCUUUUCGAUGAAUAUCGUACAUUGAAAAUCGGUGAAUUUAUUGCAGUGAAGCCACUUCAUUUAAGUGAUACGUUUAUUGGCCCAGUUCAUUAUACGGCUCCAGAAGUUUAUGAAACACAUGAGCAUACGGAAAAAAGUGAUGUUUUUAGCUUCGGAAUUAUUUUCUGGGAAGUAAUGUGUAGAAGGAAACCCUUCCAUGACAUCAAUCCAUCAGAUAUCUCUAAAUUUAUAAUUAGUGGUGGUCGACCUAACGUGGAUGCCUUACCUAUUUAUGAGGAUUCGGAUCACAUCAAAUACAUAAUUAAUAAGUGCUUCGCGAGAUAUCCAGAAAAUCGCCCUACGAUUAAUAAAUUGUCUGUUCAGCUCCACUUUGAUCCCAAAGUCUUUACCAUAUUUCCUGAUCUAGUGAACCGUAUUGAACCAUUGGCAAAUAUUUGCGAUGCAGAUUUUAGUUUGCAAUAAACAAAAAGCCUUAAUUAUAGUAAACAUAUAUGUAUAAAAGUGUU